AGGAGUGCAUUAAAUUCCUUAUAAUGUUAGAGCACAUGUUUUUAGUGCAUGGUCGACGAGAACGUUGGGUCACGUGGAGGAUUCAGAAAGGUCCCUAAUAACACUCAUUGAUUUUUCCUCCCUCAUUCCUACAGCCACCGCAAGCUCCUCCACAACAACCCACACUAAACCAUUCUCGAUUCAAUUCAAUUCCUUUCACUCAACAAUUCCAUGGAUUGCAAUGGCUGCAACCCCCAACUCAUUCCACCGUCUUCUUCCAACGCCUACAAACUCCUUCUCCAAGCGCUAUCUCAAAUCCCAAUCCACCACUACGCCCUCGCCACCGCCUUUGCUGCCCUAUCCUUUCUCUACUGUUUCCUCGAAAUCCAUUUCUUCCGGGAUCUCUUCACCGGAUUCUCAGGCUCCCCCGUCGAAUUCACCUACAACUCCUCCUCCGAAAUCUACGACGCCAUCGUUUCAAAGUGCCGGAUUCUUCAAGGCAGAUAUUCUGUCACGCCAUGGCUUUCCAGUCCUCAUCUUCAAACUGUUUUCCUCAACUUCUUCGGAAAUCCUCCGAUUUUCAAAUACAAAAGGCAAUUAUUUACUACUUCUGAUGGUGGAACUAUUGCUCUGGACUGGGUUACAUACUCUGAUGUUUCUGACAGUGAUGUCCAUGUGGAUGGUGUCACUAAAGACGACGAAUUUACUCCCAUUGUUGUAGUGAUUCCUGGCUUAACAAGUGAUUCUUCAUCUGCUUAUCUCAAACAUCUUGCAUAUAAUACAGCGAAGCAUGGAUGGAAAGUUGUUAUCAGUAAUCACCGAGGACUUGGAGGUGUUUCAAUCACGUCUGAUUGUUUCUACAAUGCUGGGUGGACUGAGGAUGCUCGCACAGUGGUUAAUUAUGUUCACAAAGAAAAUCCCAGGGCGCCUUUGUUUCUUAUUGGAACUAGUAUUGGAGCUAAUAUUCUGAUAAAAUAUCUUGGGGAGGACGGCGAGAAUAUUCCUGUAGCCGGGGCUGUAGCAGUUUGCUCUCCUUGGGACCUUUUGAUAGGGGACCGAUUUAUAACUCGUAAGCGUGUACAGAAGUUUUAUGAUAAAGCACUAGCAAUUGGACUUACAGGUUAUGCAAAAUUACACCAGCCUCACUUUACUCGCCUAGCUAAUUGGGAAGGGAUAGAAAAGUCAGUUUCUGUUCGAGAUUUUGAUAACCAUGCCACCCGCAUUGUUGGGAAAUAUGAGAGUGUUGAUACAUACUAUAGACGAUGUAGCAGUUCUAUUUAUGUGCCAUCUGUAUCGAUUCCACUUCUCUGUAUUAGUGCACUGGAUGAUCCAUUAUGUACCAGGGAAGCCAUUCCUUGGGAUGAAUGCAGGGCAAAUAAAAAUAUUGUAUUGGCCACUAUAAAGCAUGGAGGACAUCUGGCCUUCUUUGAAGGGAUAACUGGAUCUAGCUUAUGGUGGGUAAGAGCUUCUAAUGAGUUUCUUGAUGUACUACUCUCUAGCAAGUAUAUGCAUGUUCAGAAAAAGAUCUCUGCACCAAACAAACUAUUGGACUCAGCAAUUGAUCAGGGCCCUUACGUGAACGUUACCGAGGAUGGAAUGGUAGCUGCAUCCAACAAUGAGGAAGAAAUACAUGUAAAACAGGAUACACAUGAUGAUGGUCACGAGAAGGUUAAAGAAGAAAAUAAGCAAGAUGAGCUUGUGACUAAAACAGAGAGUGGUGAUUCCACUUGUAUUUCAAAAACAGCUAGUACCCACAAUCCAGCACCUCUAGAUGUAAUAGCGCCUUUCAAAAGAUACGUAGGUCAGUUAUCUCGGCAAAAUCGAUGGUCCAUCUGGUUGCUGGUUUAUAUUGCUAUCAACACAAGUUGGCCACUGGUUGGUUCAGCCCUAUAUAUUGUGUUUCGGAAAAGGCUCAGGGGUUCCGGUGGUUCGGUUAGAAGAUAAUAAUGUAUUUUUGCAAUAUAUCAUUGUUGUAUUUGUCACUAGAUGUAUAACAAUAAUAAUAAUAAUAAUAAUAAUAAUAGUAGUAAUAAUACAUAUAAUAAUAACAAUAAUAUACUUGUUCUAUUA